ACUGUCAUACAAUCGUAACUGUCAAUGCCAAAACAUUGAAUGAAGUGUGAUCGAGUGUUGAGGACUGAAACGUGAAGAAAUACAGCGAUUUCUUUGAAUUUACUGAAAUAGUGGUAUCGAAACUCGAGCAUGAUAUAGAAAUUAAUGAAAAUGGCCCUCAAAUCAUCAUACGCCUCGUCUACUUCGGGCCUGACAUCGGUAGACCCUGAAUAUGUGCAGUUCUUGAUGUUUACUGACGAAGAUGUAAAGAAACUCAGCGUUGCGAAAAUCACGAACAGUCAAUGUUUUGACGCCAUUGGAAACCCUACAAAGGGAGGUCUGUAUGACUCUGCAUUGGGCCCUCUCAGAGAUAGGAAUGAAACUUGCGGAACCUGUAAUAAUGUCCUGUUACAUUGCCCCGGGCACUUUGGUCACAUAGAGUUACCUCUAGUUGUAGUCAAUCCGCUAUUCAUCAAGAAUGUGUACUCUAUUUUCCGUGUUAGUUGUCUGAAAUGUUUCAAAAUUCAAAUGGAUGACAGACUGAAGUUCAUUCUGAAGCUUCAACUAGAGCUCGUAGAUGCAGGCCAUAUCACAGCGGCUUUAGACUUAGACAACUAUGUCGGUGACAUUACAAGCAACAAAGAAAACUCACCUGAUAAACCGACUAAAGUUAUCAGAAAAUACCAAAAGCUAUUGAAGAAAAGAGAUCCUAUAACAGAAACUUUUCAAAAUAAGAAUGUAGACAAAUUAAGAGCUAAGUUUAUAAACCAGUACUUCAGAGUUAUUAACACAGCUAAGAAAUGCGCUUUCUGCUCAAGUAGACUUAUAAAAGUGACCACUUCAGAGAAUAAAAUCAUGUAUAAUCUUAGUUCUGAAGGGGCUGAGAAAGGCACUAAAGGCAUCAAGAUCCUUAUGCCUGAUGAGAUCAAACGAUUUUGUACAGAAAUAGCUCAAAAUGAUGAAGAAAUCCUCAAAUUAUGUUUCCCAGUCUUGAAUAAUUCUAAAGAAAAACCUGUUACUAAUUUAUUCUUCAUGGAAGUGGUUCCUGUUUUGCCUCCUUGUGUCAGACCUUGCAACAUCCUCAGAGGAGAACUUAUUGAACAUCCUCAAACUAAUGUCUACAAAGCUAUAUUACAAAACGCUUUUGCUGCUCGGGCUGUUUUGCAUGUACUCACAUCUUCAAAUCAACAGAAAGCCAUUGACUGCCUUGACCAAGUACCCAGACAAGCCUAUGAAGCUGUAAUGGGCAAAUCACCUGCUGAAAAACUCCACAUGGUUUGGCAAGAAUUACAAAAGAGUAUCAAUAACCUUUUGAACUGCGAAGGUCAGGGCUUAUCAAGUCAGGGUUUGAAACAAAUCAUUGAAAAGAAGACUGGUUUAAUCAGAAUGCACAUGAUGGGUAAAAGAGUAAACUUUGCUGCCCGGUCUGUCAUCACCCCUGACCCAAAUGUUGACAUAGAUGAAAUAGGCAUCCCAGAUGCUUUUGCUAUGAAGCUUACAUACCCAGUUCCAGUUACAGAAUGGAAUGUGGAUGAAUUAAGGAAAAUGGUUAUUAAUGGACCCAAGAAACAUCCUGGUGCUGAGAAAAUUGAAAUGGAGAAUGGAAGAAUCAUCACAAUAGCUACAGAUUCUAUACAAAAGAGGAAAAGUCUUGCUAAAAGGUUACUUACACCUGAGGAGUUUAAGGCAUCUGGCCUAAAGAUUGUUCACAGACAUUUAGUGAAUGGUGAUGUCCUAAUAUUGAACCGACAGCCUUCUCUUCAUAAGCCAAGUAUGAUGGCGCAUAGAGCACGAAUUUUGAAAGGAGAGAAAACUCUCAGAUUGCACUACGCCAAUUGUAAGUCGUACAACGCCGAUUUUGACGGUGACGAAAUGAAUGCUCACUUCCCACAGAAUGAGAUUGCUAGGAGUGAGGCAUACAAUAUUAUGUCUGUGCGAAAACAAUAUCUUGUACCCAAAGAUGGAACACCCUUAAGUGGUUUGAUUCAAGAUCAUGUCAUUUCUGGUGUGAAAAUGUCCCUGAGAGGAGCAUUCUUCUCAAAGGCUGACUACCAACAACUUGUAUUCCAAGCUUUGCCCAAUCACAAAGGACCAAUCAAACUUCUACCACCCACCAUUCUGAAACCAGUAGUUCUGUGGUCCGGGAAACAAAUUUUGUCAACAAUUAUCAUUAAUACUACACCUAAAGGAAAGCCUUGCCUUACUUUGAUUGGGAAAGCAAAAAUUAGUUCCAAAGCUUGGCAAAAGACACCUCCGAGACCUCCGAGACCUUGGAAAGCUGGUGGCACUCCAUUCACUAAUCCUAACACAAUGACCGAAGCUGAAGUUAUUAUAAGGAAGGGUGAACUUCUUUCUGGAGUACUGGAUAAGACUCAUUAUGGUGCAACACCUUAUGGUUUAGUGCAUUGCAUGUAUGAGUUGUAUGGAGGCGACAGCUCUAGUGCUCUGCUCAGUUCUUUUUCUAAAGUCUUCACAUUUUAUCUGCAAUGGAUUGGAUUUACUCUCGGAGUCAAAGAUAUCUUAGUAGUGGAAGAAGCUAAUAAGAAGCGUGAUGAUAUCAUUUGCUUAGUUCGAAAUGCCGGUAAGGCUGCAGCUGUUAAGGCCGCUGACCUACCAGCUGAUGUUGAUGAAGGAAAAUUAAAAGAAACUAUUGAAGUUAUGUACACAAAGGAUCCUAAGUUUAGAGCUAAUCUUGAUCGACAAUACAAAAACUUGCUGGAUUCCUACACUAACAACAUUAACACAGCCUGUUUAUCUGAGGGGUUGCUGGAAAAAUUCCCGUAUAACAACCUUCAGUUGAUGGUACAAUCAGGAGCCAAGGGAUCAACUGUAAACACUAUGCAGAUUUCAUGUUUACUUGGUCAAAUUGAAUUGGAAGGUAAAAGGCCGCCACUCAUGAUAUCCGGCCGAUCUCUACCUAGUUUCCCGCCUCAUGACGUGUCUCCUAGAGCUGGAGGAUUUAUAGAUGGUCGAUUCAUGACGGGUAUACAACCUCAAGAGUUCUUCUUCCAUUGUAUGGCUGGUCGUGAAGGUCUUAUUGAUACUGCUGUCAAAACCAGUCGAUCUGGUUACUUACAAAGAUGCCUUAUCAAGCAUUUGGAAAGUUUAGCUAUUGCCUAUGACCAUACAGUGAGGGAUGCCGAUGACAGUGUCAUUCAAUUUGCCUACGGAGAAGAUGGAUUAGAUGUCCUCAAAUGCCAAUUCCUUAGAAAAGAUCAGUUUCCCUUCCUUGAUGCUAACUCUAACGCAGUAGUUAGCGAAGCUGUGAUUGAUAAACUUAAAGAAAACGCAGAUUUAAAAGACGUCAACAAAGCCAAUAAGUCUUUGAAGAAGUGGAAGAAGAAGUAUGGGAGUCCUUUUGAGAAAGUCCGAACAAGUGGAUUUACAGAAUUCUCAGCUGCUGAGAAAGAACAAAUUGAACUCGAUGACCUACCUACAGACAGAACGAGGGAUCCAUUUUAUUGGGAAUUAGAAAAGAAAUGGCGGGCUAUGGACGCUGACGAGAGAAAACAAUAUGGUCGUAAAAAAUGUCCCGACCCUAUCCCAAGUAAAGUGUCCCCUGAAUAUAAGUUUGGUGUAAUUAAUGAGCAGUUAGACAACCUAGUACAAAGCUAUUUGAAAAGCCGGCAUUCCGACACGUAUGAGGAAUACACAGCGAAAGACAAAUUCAUGGAGGUGAUGAGCGCUAAAUAUCUUGAAUCAAUGGCUGCUCCUGGUGAGCCUGUUGGCUUACUAGCCGCUCAAUCUAUCGGUGAACCGUCAACCCAGAUGACACUGAACACCUUCCAUUUCGCUGGUCGUGGUGACAUGAACGUGACCUUGGGUAUCCCACGUCUUAGAGAAAUUCUGAUGACAGCCUCAGCUAAGCUUAAGACACCAAAUAUGGAUAUACCAUUCAGAGAUGACAUUCCUGAUUUGACGAAAAAAGCUGAAAAGUUGAGGCAGAAAUUGAAUAGGGUAACAGUAGCUGAUGUACUGGAGAAGAUAGAUGUGGAAUGUCAGAUUGUAAUCAAGCCAGAGAGGCAGCUAAAGACGACUAUGCGUUUCCAAUUCUUGCCACAAUCUCAAUACAAGACACAGUACGCGGUAAAGCCUACGCAAAUAAUAAAACAUAUGCAGAAUAAAUUCUUUGAAGAAAUGUUCUCGACUGUGAGGAAACAAGCGAAGGCUGUCAGUGGCGUAGUUUGGUCUGCUGAGAAGAAGAAGAAGCGUUCUAAAGGUGGUGGUGAUGAUGAAGAUGAGGAGAAUGACGCGCCAGAACCAGAACCUGCUGCCAACGUGAACGAUGACAGUUCUGACGAUGAGGCUCCCAAUGACGAUGAUGAUAAUACUGAUGCUAAAAUACGAAAGAAGAGAACAGAAGAGCAAGAAUACGAAGAUCCAGAAUCUGAAGAGGAAGAGAAGUCUGAUGAUGAAGUAGAGCUGACUGACGAGCAAGCUAAAGAAGAUGGCAGAGAAACUAACGCUAACGAUGCAGAGACGAGCAAAAUCGUGUCCGACGUAGUAUCAACGUUGAAGGAAGCUACAAACUACUCUUUCGACACCAAACACCACCAAUGGUGCGAAUUAACAGUACUCUUCCCAAUUUCCUUCUUACGAGUCGAUCUAUCACAGGCUCUCCGCGAAGCAGCGAUGAAAUCCGUCAUACACGAAGUCAAAAACAUCAAACGAGCGAUCACAAGCAAGGAAAAGAAUGUUCUAUUCCUCAAAACUGAGGGAAUUAACAUCCUACAAAUGUUCAAAUACAAUAAUCUGUUGGAUUUGAACAAACUUUAUAGUAAUGAUAUUCAUGCUAUUGCGAACACGUAUGGCAUAGAGGCAGCCAACAAAGUAAUUAUUAAAGAAAUACAGAAUGUAUUUAAUGUCUACGGUAUCACUGUGGAUCCUAGACAUUUGACGUUGGUAGCUGAUUAUAUGACAUAUAAUGGUAUCUUCGAACCAAUGAGCAGAAAGGGAAUGGAAGCAUCAUCGUCACCUCUACAACAAAUGUCUUUCGAAUCGUCUUUAAUAUUCUUGAGAGAAGCCGUUUUGAACUCUAAGAAGGACAACAUAAAGUCUGCUUCCAGUUGUCUCAUGUUGGGCCAACCUUGCAAGAACGGGACUGGCGUUUUCAGUUUACAACAUUACAGUAAGGUUAUCAGCUAAGGAAUGUUUAUUUUGUAAUCGUGGAAUACUUAAUCAUUGUUUUUUUUAGGAAUAAAUAAAUAUAUUUGUUUACAA